CCAACUGCACUAAAGCGGAGAAGAAGAAGAUUGUGUCGUGGUCCGCAGUCCACGCCUCCGCGCUCAUACAGUGUCAGAGGAACAUAAACAAGAGCUGAAUUAUUGAAGAAAUACAUGAUGUCCUGUUUCAAGUCUUCUCCUGUGUGUGUGCUUUUAUAAACACAUGAGAACAUUCCAACAAGAGGAAUAUUAAGCUAUAGAACAGGUUAUACAUAUGAACAUGACGUCCAGAAGACGUUCCAGUACUCAUCAAACAUCAUCUGGCACCCUCCACAUGAACACAUCUCACAGACAAACACAGAAACGCAGCAAGGAGAGAAAUCAGUACUGCUUGGAGUGUGGAAAGAGUUUUACUCAACAGAGCACUCUCAAAAGACACCAGCUCAUUCACACAGGAGAGAAGCUGUAUUACUGCUCAAUGUGUGGGAAGAGUUUUAAUCAAAAGAGUACUCUCAAAGUACACCAGCGCAUUCACACAGGAGAGAAGCCUUAUCACUGCUCAGAAUGUGGGAAACGUUUUACUGUACAAAGUCAUCUCAAAAUACACCAGCGCAUUCACACAGGAGAGAAGCCUUACCACUGCUCAGAGUGUGGGAGGAGUUUUAAUCAACGCUGUUCUCUCCAACAACACCAACACAUUCACACAGAAGCUAAACCGUAUUUCUGUCCAGAGUGUGGGAAGAGUUUCAAUCAACAGAUUCUUCUCAAAACACACCAGCGCAUUCACACAGGAGAGAAGCCGUAUUAUUGCUCAGAUUGUGGGAAGAGUUUCAAUCGUCAGAGUAACCUCCAAGAACACCAGCGCAUUCAUACAGGGGAGAAGCCAUAUCACUGCUCAGAGUGUGGAAAGAGUUUUACUCAACAGAGUAAUCUCCAACAACACCAGCGCAUUCACACAGGAGAGAAGCCGUAUUAUUGCUCAGAGUGUGGGAAGAGUUUUAGUCAUCAGAGUUCUCUCCAACAACACCAGCGCAUUCACACAGGAGAGAAACCAUAUCACUGCUCAGAAUGUGGGAAGAGUUUUAUUCAUCAACGCCAUCUCCGUCGACACCAGCGCAUUCACACAGGAGAGGAGCUGUAUUAUUGCUCAGAGUGUGGGAAGAGUUUCAGGCUUUCAAGAUCUGUGAUGACACACAAGUGUACUAAGAGCAGUGGUGGAAAUACGCAGCAAUAUAUGUAACCUCAGCACCAUGCCAGUAGUAAAAGUUUGUAGGGAAUGGUGCUUUUUUUUUAGAGGGAAAAUCUAUCUAUUGUUGUCCUUUGCAGGGCGGCAUGGUGGCGCAGUGGGUAAAAAAGCACCGUUCCCUACAAACUUUUACUUCUGGCAGUUGUCUCACAUCAAGAAGGGCCUGGGUUCAAUUCCCAGCCGGGCAAUCUGGGGUCCUUUCUGUGUGGAGUUUGCAUGUUCUCCCUGUGUGUGUGUGGGUUACCCGUGUCUCUUCUGGGUACUCCGGUUUCUUCCCACAGUCCAAAGACAUGCAGUCAGGCCAACUGGACAUGCUAAAUUGCCCCAGGUGUGAGUGUGUGUGUCAAUGUACAUGUCUGUCUGUCUGUCUGUCUGUCUGGCCUGCAAUGAACAGGCGACCUGUCCAGGGUGUAUCCUGCCUUCUGCCCAAUGACUGGAUGGGCUCCAGCUCCCCCCUGCGACCCAGAAGGAUAAGUGGCUUAGAAGGUGUGUGUGUGUUGUUCUAUGCCCUUUCUAAUACAUGAGCAUAAAAUGAAGUACAUCAUUAAUAAUAUGGUGCAAACAAUUCAGAAGCUCCACAUUCGAUAAUAAGUUGUUUACUUUGUAAUUAUUAUCACUAUAGACACAGGAGUAUGAAGAACUGCGAAACAUCAAGCUGUCGGUGUAAUGUACUGGUCACCUCUACUCAGUGUGGCCUACGCAUGCCUGUACACAGCAUAAAGUCACAUACAGGCCAGACUAUCAUCCAUGAACUUUCCAUUAUUCUUUUCAGAGACUUUAAAGAUUGUUGGUGGUCUUUGUGAUUUUUGGAGAAUGACUGAUACCUGAGAAGGGUGCUAUGAUAUGAAAUAAGGACCUAUAUGCCCAUCUCCACUCUAUCCUACCAGACAUGAUGGCAGCCGAUGGUGCAGGAGUUGGAUGCUGGUAUCUCUAUCAUCAUAUAACUGGGUGAAAGGUGAUUAUUUGGGGACGUUCAUAGCCUUCAGUCUGACUGAGUGUCAGACUUACUGACGUCAUUAGGAUGUGCAGGAGGGAUACUAUGUUUAUUGACUGAACCUCACCAGUGACACUGUGUUCAGUUAUGUUGCUGAACCAAUCCAAGUCUGAACUAUAGUUUAUAAUUUGAUUUGUAGUGAUGAAUCAGUAGUUAGGCCCAUAAAUUUAACUUCAAAUUAAAUAAUGAAUAUGUUCUCAAAGUGCAAAUUUUCAGCAUUAGUUUGAGGGUAUUCACAUCUAAAUUAGAUGAAUGGUAUAGGAAUUACAACCAUUUUCAUACAUAGCCCUCCCAUUUUUAUGGGCACAAAAAUAAUUGGACAGUUGGCUCCCCAUCUGUUCUAUGAUAAGUUGUGUCUUAUUCCCUUGUUGUUUUACUUAGUAGUAAGCAGAUACAAGGUCCAGAGUUGAUUUCAAGUGUGGCAUUUACUUGUAGAGAAAGAAAGUUCUCUGAUAUAGCCCCAUUCACUGAGGACUCACUCGGGCGCCCUCUGACGUUUAGCGGUUUGAUAUAACGGGAGAAACAGAAAGCAGCCAGACUCCUGUUCAACUGGCUCUCAAUACGUGUGAGAUUUAAAAUAAUGACCGUCCUGCCUGUUUCCGUGACCGCACGGUUCCAGUGUGAAGCCGCUUCAGGCCAGGUGGUGGCGCUGAUUCUGUAACUAUAACUUUGUCCAGCUGCACUAAAGCGGAGAAGCAGAAGAUUGUGUUGUGGUCAGCAGUCCACGCCUACAGUGUUGUUGGAGGAACAAAAACAAGAGCUGAACUAUCUGAGCUAUUGACGGUAGGAAGCUGUCCGGUACUUAUUGUUCUUCAUUCACUCUGAGACAAACAGCUGGAGACACAUUUGAGUUUUCAAAAUAAGAUUUGAUGCGUUAAAAAUUGAUUGGCCAACACAGAAGCAGCUUCAUUCAAACCAGUAGUACAGUUCAGAGUAAUGUGAGCUGUUGGGACAGAAAAUUUGGAUGAUAAUGUUUUUCUAGUUGGGUUUGGCCAAUAUAGAGCAGUUUGUUUCUGAUUUAUUCGUGCUUUAUACUACACAUUUGCGAGUUGGAAAACUUGUCAGUUAAUUUUUUUGCGGUAAUAAUGCUCUUAUCUAGUGGAUUAGAAUACGAGUGCUUUCCAGCCAAGUUUUAGAACAAGCUUUGUGAUUCUUGACUCAUCUUAUAUGCUUCUGUUCUUCUGCGUGCUGAUGUUAUCAUGUCAACGUCAGUUUGAAUACAUAAAUCAGAUUUCAUCAGCCAUUCACUUAUAAAAUAAUGUGCAAUAAGAGGUCAUGUCAUGUUGGACGUGUAGUUGUAAUUAAUGUAGAAAUAGUGACUGAUAUACUGGUAUUACCCAAGAUGAGUAUCAUUAUUUGUACAAAUUUGAUGAGAAAACAGCAGUUUGUUCUAAAACAAUAGGAAAUGCUUUCUGAAAGCUGUGCAUGUCUGGGUGAGAGUUGCUGGUCAAUGGCUGCUAGAUUAAGAGCUUGUGUAUAUGGUGGGUGUUUGAGGUCUAUUCAGAGGCAAGUGUAGGGUGGGAGAUCCAUUCAGGACUUGAUAGUCUAAUUCAAAUGUUCCUAAUCUCAGUCCUGGAGACCAUAUGUUCUGCAUAUUUUUGUGCUUUCCUUACUGUAACACUCACAGUUCAACAUUUAAUCAGUUAAUGAAUUGAAUUAGGAAUGCUAGAUAAGAGAAAGUAUAAAAAUGUGUUUAGUUUGGACACCAGGACUGGAACUGGGAACUUCUGAUCUAAAUGAAACUGAAAACUGAUCCUUGAUCUUUCACUCUCUCUCCAGACAGCAUGAGUGUGAAUAGAGAUAGAUGGGAUGGGUAGUCGUAUUCACGAUGAAGACGUUUUAUGGUCUAAACAGUACCUCAGUCAUAUAUGAAAUCAUUACUGACAGUCUUUCUCUUAUUUAUAAAUAAAUAAAAUAAAAUAUUUGUGUCUUAAUUCAGUACAUUUUUCCAUACAACAAAAAUAAGUAGUGCAGUCCAUUCUGGAGACAGCUGCCCAACUAGUUAUCACCUUCAAAGGCACGUGUCUCAUUGGUGGGCAUUUUAACCACAGCUGUUUUCUUUACAUUGAGACUGUUGUGGGAAUUUAUUCUGUAUAAAGAACCGGCUGCUGUAAUGAGUCAUAUAUGCUGUUUUAUACUCGAGUUGCACCAGUAUUACACAUAAACAUGACUACAAGUUUGUAAAUCAUUUCAGUUCACUCACUUUCUUCAUCCACCUCAAAGGGGAAUUACAUAAAUUUUUCAAAAUGUCUGCAUAAUAAA